AUGACAUUGGGGAAGAUAAAGCUGAGGCCCAGCCAAAGGGAAGAUCUGGAAUUACCAUUAUUUGACUUGGCCGCUGUUGUUUGUGCAACCAAUAACUUUUCAAACAAGAAUAAACUUGGAGAAGGGGUGAUUUCGGAUCAGCCUUUUAAGGUAAAAUCAAAUAUAGUACUCCCUACAGUUGGCUUGACAGUUUCCACAUGUCGUUUGGGUCAGGACUAUGGAUACAAGUCGUAUAUUGUACGUUCGCAAACUACAGAGUAUGGAUUUUGGUCAUCAUAUGUGGCUAAUGGAUUUCAGGGUACACUGAAAGAUGGACAAGACAUGGCUGUGAAGAGGCUCUCAAAACAUCCUAGACAAGGACUCAAUGAGUUGAAGAAUGAGGUUACACAUAUUCUCAAACUUCGACACAGGAAUAUAGUGAAGCUUCUGGGAUGCUGCAAUCGAGAAGAUGAAAUGAGCUGA